AUGAAGUUCCUUUUCGCUGUUGUUACCCUUAGUGCCUUCGCAGCUUCGACCUACGCAGAGAAAGCGAUGUGUGGCGACUGGGACACUGCAGUGGUCGGUGAUUACACUCUGUACAACAAUCUGUGGGGCAAAGACAACGACCCGGGCACGGGUCACCAAUGUACGACUCUCCUCAGCACCUCGGCUGAUAAUAGCACUAUUGGUUGGACCACGAACUACAAAUGGGGCGGCAUCACUUGGAACGUCAAAGGAUACCCGAACGUCGGGCUUCACUUCAAGCCCUUAGAGCUCGCGAAUGUCGAAUCGAUCCCUACGACCAUCAACUAUACCUAUGAGCACGAACCGACCACAACGGCUAAUGUGGCGUACGAUCUGUUUACCAGUUCAACACCCGAUGGAGACUUCGAGUUUGAGAUUAUGGUGUGGCUCGCGGCUAUCGGAACGGCGUGGCCGCUGUCGAGUGAGGGCAAGAACAUCAAGAACAUCACUGUUAGUGGCGUCGAGUUCAUGCUCAACCACGGCGUGAAUGGAAACAUGACGGUGUUCUCAUAUGUCGCGUCGAAGCUGACGGAGAAUUUCUCGGGGGAUCUCACGGAGUUCAUUGACAACCUACCGAAAGACGUUGCACCCGAUGGUAAGCAGUACCUCACCAAGGUGCAAUGCGGUACUGAGGCGUACCAUGCUGAGAACGCCACAAUGACGGUAUCGGCGUACACUGUAGCAGUGAACACUUUGAUCCAGGGAGACGUUGGUUUCUCAUCUUCUCCCUCAAUUAAUUGA